GCGGGAUGUCACAGCCCCUGGGGACGGGCACUCCUGGAAACCUGUGAUGAAAGCACGCUGAGGAAGAGGAGAGAAGCUCAGGACCAGGAUUUUUAAAAGUUCUUUCCAGAAGAAUACUUGACCAGAACUAGAGGAUCAUGAUGACAACAAGAUUCCUCUGCCUACUGCUAAUAGCUGUUACAGGAGCUACUGCAAGCAAGACACAGGAAUUUGAAGCCAAUGACGAGGAAACAGAACAAGAAUUCAUCUACAUGAACAGAUAUAGGCGUUCCAGUGACAGCCAGGAUAAAUGCACUUACACCUUUAUUGUACCUCAACAGCGAGUGACAGGUGCCAUUUGUGUUAAUUCUAAGGAGCCUGAAGUCCUACUUGAAAACAGGGUAAAUAAACAAGAAUUACAGUUACUUAACAAUGAACUUCUUAAACAAAAGAGACAAAUAGAAACUCUGCAGCAACUGGUAGAGGUGGAUGGUGGGAUUGUUAAUGAGGUUAAACUCUUAAGAAAAGAGAGCAGAAAUAUGAAUUCUCGUGUCACACAACUCUAUAUGCAGCUACUACAUGAAAUUAUCCGAAAACGUGACAAUGCCUUAGAACUUUCUCAGCUUGAGAACAAGAUUUUGAACCAAACUGCAGAUAUGUUGCAGCUUGCAAACAAAUACAAGGACUUAGAGCACAAAUACCAACAUUUGAUGUCAAUUGCCAAUAAUCAGUCAAUAAUAAUUGCCCAACUUGAAGAACACUGUCAAAGAAUGCCACCCAUAAAACCACUGCCACAAACUCCACAGCCACCAAACAAAGUGUACCAGCCUCCUACUUACAAUCGUAUUAUUAACCAGAUCUCUACUAAUGAAAUUCAGAGUGACCAGAACUUAAAGGUUCUGCCACCUACCUUACCAACCAUGCCUGCGGUUACUAGUAUUCCAACUUCAACUGAUAAACCAUCUGGACCCUGGAGAGACUGUCUACAAGCACUAGAAGAUGGCCACGAUACAAGCUCCAUCUACCUUGUGAAACCAGAAAACACAAACCGGCUCAUGCAGGUCUGGUGUGAUCAGCGGCACGACCCUGGCGGCUGGACAGUCAUCCAGAGGCGGCUGGAUGGGUCUGUCAACUUCUUCAGGAACUGGGAGACAUACAAGCAAGGAUUUGGUAAUAUUGAUGGAGAAUACUGGCUUGGAUUAGAAAAUAUCUAUUGGUUAACAAAUCAAGGCAACUACAAGCUGCUUAUAACAAUGGAGGAUUGGUCAGGAAGAAAAGUAUUUGCUGAGUACGCCAGCUUCAGACUGGAGCCAGAGAGUGAACACUACAAGUUGAGACUGGGGCGCUACAAUGGCAACGCGGGAGAUUCCUUCACUUGGCACAAUGGCAAACAGUUCACCACGCUGGACAGGGACCAUGAUGUGUACACAGGCAAUUGUGCCCACUACCAGAAGGGAGGAUGGUGGUACAACGCAUGUGCCCACUCAAAUCUCAACGGUGUCUGGUACCGUGGAGGACACUACCGCAGCCGCUACCAGGACGGUGUUUACUGGGCUGAGUUCCGGGGGGGAUCAUAUUCACUAAAGAAAGUUGUGAUGAUGAUAAGACCAAACCCCAACACAUUCCACUGAAAUAUUGCUUCCUCAGAUUGGUUUCUUGUUCUAACAAAAAAAAUAACAUAAAGCUAUGAUGUUAUUACCUGGAAAUUAUCUUCUAAAAAAUCAGGAAUGUAAGAUAUUGUACAUUUAUCACUAAAAUGUAAGG